UUAAUCCUGAUGUGCUAUUUCACACACGUAGAUCUAGAGACCAAUUCUAGUCUGGAAUUUAAUCUAGUACUUUAAAAAAUAUUAAUCCAACCUGUAAAUGGCUAGAUCUAUAAUUUCCAUCGGUAUACUAUCUUAUUUUCAAUAUGUAUUGCAUUAUAAUUUCAUCUCUUGAUACCGAUGUCAGUUGGAAAAUACGUCGUUUCUGCAAGUUGUUGACGUGAGCAGCGGUGAGGAAGCGAAUCAGUUUGAGACCGAAUUGUAAAGUCGAAUUGCUACCAUGUCAGGGAUGCUGUCAGCUGCCAGUGUUGACUGGGCUAAUAAAAUCAGGUGCAAUGUUGUAGAUGGUCUUCGCCAGAGCUUUCAAGAUGGAAUUUUUACUGACAUUGAAAUUGAAGUUAGUGACAGUGUUUUCAGAUGCCAUAAAGUUUUUUUAUGUGCAAUAUCUGAUUACUUUUUGGCCAUGUUCACAUCAGGCAUGAGAGAAAGUGUUGACAGUCGAGUUACGAUAAAAGAUUUAUCUGGUUCAACAUUCAGGGCAGUGUUGGACUUCUACUACACAUGUGACAGGUCGGUUGUUAACGCAGACACAGCAGAAGACUUACUGAGAGCGGCAGGCCUGUUGCAGAUGAUCACCUUACAAGACAACUGUGAAUCUUACUAUGCAGAAAAUCUGAAUGUAGACAACGCUCUAGCAGUGUGGGACCUGGCCCAAUGCUUGCACUGUGAGGCCCUGGCAGAUAAAGCCAAACGGUUCAUUCUUGCCAAUUUUUUAGAAAUAUACACAGAACCAGACUUUUUACAUGUUGAUAUAGAGCACUUAAAUGAACUCUUGGGUGAUGAUGACCUACGUGUGCCUGAUGAAGAUUACGUUUCUGAAGCUGCUAUUUCGUGGUUGAAACAUGACAUUGUCAGUAGAGCGAAGUAUUUUAAUGAUAUUUGUGUCAACUUGCGGCUGCGUUACAUAUCAGAGGACUCGUUCAAUAGGCUUUUACAUUUUAUAAGAAAUGAGUGUCACAUUAAAGACAGUAUUUUGGAAGGGUUCACUGAGAACAGGAGGUACUCAUUCCCAGAGGCCUCCAACUCUGUUGCUCUGGAUACGCCAUUGUCAUCAAGAAAUUAUGAAAACAUGCUGGUUGUUAUUGGGGUGCACAAAGCCACAGGGAUUUUACCUACUGUACAUGCUUACAGUUUCAAUACCAAGAUGUGGUUUAAGCUGAGUUCCUUACCCUUUGACCCUGGAGUAGGCUAUGCCACUUGUGUUUUAGACAAUCAGCUGUACAUGUCAGGUAUCUCACUAAGGAAGGCCUAUGUCCUACGCUAUGACCCCUGCUCCAACCUGUGGGAGGAGUGUUGCCAGAUGCCAGAGAAGAGACGUUACCACGAAAUGGUUGUGGCCUGCAACCACGUGCAUGCUGUUUGCGGCUGGAACAAAAGAGAUGGCGUGUUCACCAGCAUUAUACAGUACCACGUGUCCGAGGACGCCUGGACCAGCCUCGGCAACCUGAGGGUUGGCGUCUACUCCGCAUCCGCUUGUGCCAUCUACAACACCAUCUAUGUAUUUGGGGGUAGGGCCGACGACAGCACACGCAAACGGGACAUUCAGUCUUUCAACGUGACCACUGGUCAAGCGACCGUGAUCAACCAGUUUCCUUCAGCCGUGACAGAAAGUCGGGCUAUUGCAAUUAACUCAUGCAUGUACCUUGCGUUGACCAACGGGUCUAUAAUGAAGGUAAUGGAGUCGGGAACCCUGUCGAGGCACAGUACCUUACCCAACUUUGACAGGUUCAAUUUUGGUCUCCUGCAGAGAGGGAACAACAUCAUGGUGGUGGGCGGCGACACCCGCUAUCCCUCUGGCUCCAGCCAGUUUGUAGAUAUUCUCGAAGUGAAUGGACAUGAUGGGAAGGUGAGGAUUCUUCACGAUCGCCUUUUCAACAACGCCAGUGCUGCCGCCUGCAGGAUCCUGUUGAUACGCAGGGUUAUCUUACCCCGCCUCUCAGUGCCAGGCAUUCCUCACUAGCAGCUGAGUGAUUCUAGUUGUCUUUUAAAAUAAUACCUUGUGCAUUUUUUAGAGACCUCAGAUUAUACACCAAAUGUUUGUACAUUUUAAUCAUGUUGACUUUUUUUUACCAAAAUGUCAAAAAACUGUAAACAACACAUUUCUUUAAUUGAUGCACAGUAUAUGAUUAGUAAAAUAUUGUAGGACUACCUGCUGUAGAUUACAUUUUUACCAAAAAAAUCUUUACUUUAAAAGUGAAUACUUUUAUUAUGUAAUUCAUACUUGUUGGUGUAAAUUUUUGAAUCUCACUCUCACUAAAGAAUACUGUCAAAUCUUACAAUCACUGUUUUUGUUUUAAAAGUUGAUUAGAUUAAUCAUUGCUUUUUACUUUAAAUAAAACUAAUCCAAAGCCAUAUUGUUUUAACCUAGUCAGAUAAUUCAAAGGUUUACAACAUCUUCACUGAUUUAGACAUUCAGAUACAUUAUUAUUAGGAUGUAACCCAUAAAAAAAUUUGAUAAUCAAUUCUUUAAGACUUCAUAAUUGAAGAGAAGGGUAAAGGCUGUUUAGCUAAUGAUGGAAAAUGAUUUUGUUUUAAUAUUACCAAAUGUGUAUUUUUUUUUAUCAUGGAUGAUUCCUAAUCUUUGUACACUGUGUGAUAAAUUCAUUCACUCACUAACAUUAUGCAAAAUAACAUUUUUUCAUUAAGAAAUAUUUUUAUUAAUGAAAUUUUUGAUGAAUUGAAGAAAAGCUAUAAAUAUAAGUAAUGUAUAGAAAUACAUUUGUAUUUUCUAAUGAUUUUUAUUUUAUAAUUUAUUUAACCAGAUAGAAAAGUUCAAUACUUGUGAAGACCAUUCACAUGUUGAAUGAUCCUUUGCUGUUUUAUUAGCUGUGCAAUAUAUGGUACUGAGUACUUUUCUAUAGGGCUUGUAAGUCUAUGGUCUCGAAAUCUACUAGCUGGCAAGUACGAGAACGAGAAGUUGUGACCUACUUACAAGCCCUAUUAACCUGUUGAUGAUACCAAACUAAAAAUAUAAUGUGCUACAGAACUUUGUAUGGUAAGGCCAUACCAU